AUGCCUUUCCAUAAGACCCAGAAGUCCGCUGCGUACCACUCCCGUUUCCAGACUCCUUUCCGUCGUCGUCGCGAGGGUAAGACCGACUACUACGCCCGCAAGCGUUUGGUCACCCAGCACAAGGCCAAGUACAACUCUCCCAAGUACCGGUUGGUUGUCCGUUUCACCCAGAAGGACAUCGUUGCCCAGAUCGUUUCUUCCCAGAUCACCGGUGACGUUGUUCUCGCCGCUGCUUACGCCCACGAGCUGCCCCGCUACGGUGUCAAGCACGGUCUCACCAACUGGUCUUCUGCCUACGCCGUUGGCUUGUUGAUCGCCCGCCGUGUUCUCCAGAAGCUCGGCCUGGACGAGACCUACCAAGGUGACGAGGAGCACUCUGGUGAGUUCUCCCUCACUGAGGCUGUCGAGGACGGCCCCCGUCCCUUCAAGGUCUUCUUGGACGUUGGUCUUGCUCGCACUACCUGCGGUGCCAAGGUCUUUGGUGUUCUCAAGGGUGCCUCUGACGGUGGUCUCUACGUCCCCCACUCCCCCAAGUGUUUCCCUGGUUGGGAUAUCGAGUCCGAGGAGCUCGACGCCGAGGUUCUCCAGAAGUACAUUGUCGGUGGCCACGUCGCCGAGUACAUGGAGGAGCUUGCUGAUGAUGAUGAGGAGCGCUACCGCCAACUCUUCAACUCUUACCUCGAGGACGGCGUUGAGCCCGAUACCAUUGAGGACGUUUUCUCUAACGCUCACGAGGCCAUUCGUGCCGACCCCGCUGCCAAGCCCACCGACAAGAACAAGGAGGCUUACAAGGCCGAGGGUCUCAAGUACAAGAAGACCAAGCUCACCAACGCCGAGCGCAAGGAGCGCAUUGCUGCCAAGAUCGCCACUUUGGUUGCUCAGGAGUAA